AUGACUUUAGCAUUAGUGGUAUAUUCUGGUGUCUUUAUGAAAUAUACUGUAGCUGUGACACCUAAGAAUUAUUUAUUAUUUGGUUGUCAUUUCAUUAAUGAAGGAGCUCAAUUGAUGCAAGGGUUUCGAUUUAUUGAUUUCCAUUAUUUUAUGUCUGAAGAGCAACAAAAUGAAAUACAUAGGAAACAUGAAAUGGAAGCUCGUCAAAAUGAAACGAUUAAAGAGGAAUGA